CCUCAACACACGUCGAGAUGGCCGAGGGAAAUGGCUGACAGGAAUCAUCCUACAGCGCUUGGGACCAACAAAUUACAUGGUGGACGUGAACAAUCACCUCCGAUAUGUUCAUAUCGAACAUAUCAGGAGACGAGAUGAAAGGAGUGUGCCUGCUGUCAUAGAGACAUCAGAUGAGGCGGGUACUGAAACAACUACAGAUAUUACUUCUAAUCUACGACCAACACUUGAACAGACAGGACAAACAGAACCUGCUAGUCCAGUGAGAGAAGCACAACAAGCAGAAGAACCUGUUACAAUAGCCACACCAUCUCUUGCUGAGGGAGCUACAGCCGAAGUAAGGGGAACAUCAAGUGGAACUGAUCGACGUUAUCCAGUUCGAGUUAAUCGUCAGUUACCCCUCCGAUAUAGACAAAGCUAAGGAGAGAGGAGUGUGGUAGACUGGUACAUAGAUUGGUGAGCAUGCGUACGUUGGGGUGCCAUAUACUUAGAUAAUUAGAUAAGUGACUGUUAGCACUUGUUGGAUUGCUGUUGCGUUAGAGUCUGAGCAUAGCAUAGACUGAUAGGGUGUGAUAGCUUGUGCCGAUCUGGAACGUAGCUUACGACUGUUAU